GAUCCCCGCGGAGCAGCGAGGGAGCCGGGGGAGGGGAGAGCGAGGGAGGGCGGCGAGGCAGAGGAGGGCAGCGGCCGCCGCUUUAAAGCCUCCCGGCGCCGCACCCGCGCUGCCCGCGGCCGAGCGCGGAGCUGGGAGCGGGGCUGAGCCGGCCCCGGCCCCGACCCCGGCCCCGGAGCCCCCCCAACCGGGGCCACCCCGCGGCCAUGCGAGGCGGCCGCCCCCGGCGCCCCGCGGCUCGGCGCUGCUGCCCGCCGCGGCUGCCCGCCGCGCUGCGCUGAGCCCCGGCGCCCCGCGGCACCAUGUCCCGCCGCAAGAUCUCCUCCGAGUCCUUCAGCUCGCUGGGCUCUGACUGCCCGGAGACCAGCCCCGAGGAGGAGGGCGAGUGUCCCCUGUCCCGCCUCUGCUGGAACGGCAGCCGCAGCCCCCCCGGCCCCUCCGAUCCGUCCCUGGCAGCCGCAUCCAUCUCCAUCACCGCCGCCGGCUCCGCCGCCUCCGCGGCCAGCGCCGGUGCUCGCCGCGCUCCUCGCCGCCGCCGGGUCAACCUGGACUCGCUGGGCGAGAGCAUCCGCCGCCUGACCGCCCCCGCGCCUCAGACUAUUCGGCAAACUCUUCAAAGGACACUGCAGUAUUUUGAGCAUCAAGUUAUUGGUUACAGGGAUGCAGAGAGGAAUUUUCACAAUAUAUCAAACCGAUGCUCCUAUACAGACUGCUCUGGCAAUGAAGAAGCUGAAGAUGUCUCAGGAAUUCUCCAGUGUACAGCUAAUGUACUUGGUUUGAAGUUUGAGGAAAUGCAAGAAAAAUUUGGGGAGGAAUUCUUCAAUGUCUGCUUUGAUGAGAAUGAGAGAGUUCUUCGAGCAGUAGGUGGGACCCUUCAAGACUUCUUCAAUGGCUUUGAUGCUUUGCUGGAGCACAUUAGAACUUCAUUUGGAAGACAGGCCACCCUGGAAUCCCCUUCUUUCCUAUGCAAAGAGCUCCCUGAUGGCAAUCUCAUGCUUCAUUACUUUCACCCACAUCAAAUUGUGGGGUUUGCAAUGAUGGGAAUGAUAAAGGCAGCAGCAAAGAAGAUUUACCGCUUGGAAGUGGAAGUAGAACAGGUCACUAAUGACAAGCUAUGUUCAGAGGGGACAAACCCAGGUAAUUGCAGCUGUUUGACUUUCCUUAUCAAAGAACGUGAAAAUGCAAAUAUCACAAAAGCACUUCCACCAGGAACUUCCCAGUCCCCCUUAGACCUGAGGAUUAGUAUCAGCACCUUCUGCAGAGCAUUCCCCUUUCACCUGAUGUUUGAUCCAAACAUGCUUGUUCUUCAGCUUGGAGAAGGUCUAAGGAAGCAGCUCAGAUGUGACACUCAUAAAACCCUGAAAUUCCAGGACUGCUUCGACAUAGUUUCUCCUAAGAUCAGUGCCACAUUUGAACGAGUCCUCCUCAGAUUAUCUACUCCCUUUGUCAUUCGGACCAAACUUGAGGAUUCUGGCUCUGAAAGUAAAGACAAGGUGAUGGAAAUUAAAGGACAAAUGAUUCAUGUGCCAGAAUCAAAUUCAAUUUUGUUUCUGGGGUCCCCCUGUGUGGACAAGCUGGAUGAACUGAUGGGCCGAGGCCUCCACCUUUCGGACAUUCCUAUCCACGAUGCUACUCGCGAUGUCAUAUUGGUUGGGGAGCAAGCAAAGGCCCAGGAUGGCUUGAAAAAACGAAUGGAUAAGCUGAAGGCAACGCUAGAAUGCACACACCAAGCCCUGGAAGAGGAGAAAAAGAAAACAGUAGAUCUCCUUAUUUCUAUUUUCCCUGAAGAAGUGGCCCAGCAGUUGUGGCAGGGGCAGCAGGUUCAGGCCAGGAAAUUUGAUGAUGUCACCAUGCUCUUUUCGGACAUUGUUGGCUUCACUGCCAUCUGCGCACAGUGCACACCCAUGCAGGUCAUCAGCAUGCUGAACGAACUCUACACACGCUUUGACCAUCAGUGUGGAUUCCUGGACAUCUACAAGGUGGAAACAAUAGGUGAUGCAUACUGCGUUGCGGCAGGGCUCCAUAAGAAAAGCCUUAGUCAUGCUAAAGCCAUUGCCCUGAUGGCACUGAAGAUGAUGGAGCUUUCAGAAGAGGUCCUCACUCCAGAUGGGAGCCCUAUUAAGAUGAGGAUAGGCAUUCACUCAGGAUCAGUGCUGGCCGGCGUUGUUGGUGUAAGAAUGCCACGUUAUUGUCUCUUUGGAAACAAUGUCACCCUUGCAAGCAAGUUCGAGUCAGGAAGUCACCCACGCCGCAUCAAUGUCAGUCCAACCACGUACCAGCUUUUGAAAAAGGAAGAAAAUUUUGUUUUUAUCCCUCGUUCCCGUGAAGAGCUUCCAGAAAACUUUCCAAAGGAAAUUCCUGGGAUCUGUUACUUCCUCGAGGUCAGAAGUGGUCAGAAGCAGCCAAAACCCUCCAUCACAUCUGCCAGAGUGAGAAAAGUUUCUUACAACAUUGGCACCAUGUUCCUCCGGGAGACUAGCCUAUGAGGCCUGCUGCAGAUCAAAGACUCAUCAAAAAAGCACAAGCCCAGAACUGGGUCACGACAGGGGAGUUGGAGGUUCUUCUAUUUCACUGCCUUGUCCUGAACAAGCAGUAAAAGCUUCAUGUAAUGUCAGGCAAUAAUCAUUUUAAAAGGUGGGUGACUGCUGUCAGUAAACAGAGUGGAGACGGAAAAAAAAAAAGGUCAAAAAAAAACACAUUUAAAAAACAUACUUCCACAUUCAGAGGAAUUUCAUUCAUAAACUUGAGUCUGGCCCCUUUAUGACAAACAAAAUCAAACAAAACAAAACCCCCAACUCACAUUAGAGGUUGGUUUUGUUUUGUGCAGAAAGGGUGAUGGUUCUCUGUAGAUUUGCACCAGCUAAGCAGAAUUGGGAGUCAGUUCUGAUUAUGCAUUCCUACAUUUAAUGUGUUCUUCAGUAAAGUAAUGAUGUUUUUUAACUUUAUGAACAAACAUUUCAUACAUAUACUGUAGAGCUGUUGUAACCUUCCUGGCAGGAGGAAUUAUAAUUCAGUAUAAAUGUUGUAGGGAUUUUACCUAUUUUUAUACAUAUUUCACUUUCUGGAUAAUUACAUUCCACAUACUGUAAGCUGAGUGAGCUUAGAUAGCUUUUCAGAAGAAGCUACUGUAUAUUUCAUAUAUUCUACCUAUCAGAUCUUAUUGUUAUACGAAUAAGAAGUCAUUUUUUGACUUUUUGGCAGCAAAAUAUCAAUAUUUUAAAGAAGAAAAAAAAACACUUUGGUAAACCUAUUUACCUGAUGUUUGUGCUAAAGCUUUAGAUGAGCAUUGUCUUGCUUAUACAAAGUAAUGUUUGGUAUUUGUCCUACAGUCUUGUGUGUCCAGUCUUUCCAGGACAAAGCAACCAAAAUGUAAAAGAUCAAUUCGUUAACAAACAGAAAAAUUCUGUUAUACACAGUGGAGCUUGUUUCCCACAGAAUUAGCAGCCAAACUGAUAUUUGGUAGAAGUCCUGGACCUUUAUUAAAAAAUUGAUCUUGUAAAACCUUACUCUGAGAGUGUUCAGCAAACACUGGAAGCUCUCUGGGUACUGGUUUUCCAUUUUUUAAUAGGACUUGUGCUCCUAUUCCACUUAGAUUAUAAAAAUUCUAUCUGUUAUUAAAAUGCUAUUUUGGAAAUUGCCUCUGUUGGUGAGGAUGAAAGGUCCCCUGGUUUAUCUAUUGUAGACCAAAAAUCACUGAAAAUGGUGAGGAAAUAAUUCCCUAGGUUUAAUGCAAAUGGCAGUUCAAGAUUUAGAUGCAUCAAUAUCAAUUAAAAGAUUAAAAUAAAAUCAAACUACAGCCCAAUUCUUUCCUGGUGAAAAUUAAUAUAGCUUUAUUUUCUUCAGUGAAACCAACAGAAACAAGAAACAGGAUGUAGAUCUGUUCCCCAGUAGACACAUUUUCAGGCAGUGUUUAUUUCUUUGGCUUUCCUUUUCAAAAAUAAUGGUAAUAAGUUUUCUUCUGCAGGUGUACUUCCCUUUGGGUCCUACUGAAAUGAGCCAAUAUUUUUCUGUUCUACCUUAGUAGACAAACAGAGCAGUGAUUUGAAAGUGGCUUAGCUUUACAUGGGCCUGCUCAAAGCUCAACGAAAUCAAAGUCAAGACUCUCAACAGCACCAGAAGGCAUAAGAAACUCAGCAUUUCUAUAAUCCAGACCAGAAAUUAGGAUCUUACUUAUGGAUUUAGUAAUCAAAACUUAAAGCACCUUUUGAAAAUGAGUAAAUACCAUUCUCCAUGGUUCCAAAUUAUCCUUUUAGAUCUUUCUGUGGAGGCAAUGACAGUGCUAUAUUUCUCCCCUUUAACCCAGUUUGGAAUGGGAACAGAUCAGUAUGGCACCACUAGCCUGUUGCUGAACAAAUUUCAGGCUUCCUUUCCAUGAGGACUGUCUGGAUGAGAAAGGACUAUCUUGAACCUAUGCAGACUUCAGCAUGUAGAGGAAACCUGAACUUAUUAUGCAGUAUUUUUUCUUGAUGAAGAGGGUAGCUGCAUGGGCCUGUCAGGGGGACUGGAACUAGAUGAUCUUUGAGGUCUCUUCCAACCCAAACCAUUCUGUGAAUAUUACUUAAAUGGAAAUUCCCUUGCUUUCUAGAGGAACUGAUGUGAAAGAUUUCUUCCAUAGUUAUUACAGCAUCUUUGUGAUUGGAGGAGUUUUUCUUCUAUCUACCUUGAUAAACAGCAUCUGCAGCUCUGCUAUCUGGAAAAAUGACUUGAUGAAAACUGUUCAAGCUUGAGGUUGCAGAAUUUCCAUCCAAACUACAGAUUCAAGAAGUUUCUACAUCGGGUGACAAGUUUUUAGCCUAUAACCAUUAGUUUUUGUAUACACAGGAUGUACAUGCAUUUUUUCCAGUGAACACCAGUGAGACCUGGAAGAAUUAUAAAUGGAGCAAAGUUGCAGUUUGACCAUGGGAACUGGAACACUACUUCCUAGCUAAUAAAGCUGUGGUUUUGAUGUCAUUAACUAAUUCCCUAGAGUGAUUUUUUACUUUAUUUUUUCUAACAGCUAUCAAUACAAUGAGAUUUCAUUCUUACUUUACUGGCACAUCCUCAUUGUUCAGUAGGUGUUGAUGUCAGAUUACUAAUCUCUCUGGCCAAACUCUUGUUUCUCUUCUCACCACCCACAGUCCUCUGUGAAGAGAACAAACACAGAGAGUCAUACCAAAAGCAUAUUUAUUGCUCAAUAUCCCUUCUCUCACAGUUGCCAACAGGAAAUGUCUAGGUUAAUCCUGUGAGUGAUCUUGGUAGAUCCAUGGAAACAUUUUAAUGAAAAAUGGAGGUUAAAAGGUAAUUCAACUAGUAAAUUGGAGAAGCAAUCCAAAAGUCUGUAGCACCAUCCUCAUCCUCUCAAGUGACUGUUUAUUCUGUAAGGGAAUAUAUAAUCACAGAGAUCACUGAAAAAACUAAAAAUUGGUAUCAGCAUCACCAUGGAGACAAAGACAAUGUUUGCCAAUAAAUCAACUGGCUCCCCAGAUUAGAGUAGAUUUAUUGUAUGAAAGUAUAUGGUCUCUGCCUUUUAUAAGCUUGUGUAAAGGUAACACAUCCAAAACUUCAGCACUGAUGCCAUGUAUUGUGUUAUUUGCUUCUGUGUUAUGACAAGUGAAGUUAAUGGAAAAGUGUAGGCUCUCUAGAGGCAUUUUUCUAUCUCAGUGUGAGAAAAGUGUGAAAGAUUCUCAGCAUUGUUUAACAGCGGUUGUAUCUGCUGCCUGUAAUAUUAGGUUACAAAUUUGUUUUGUUGGACACCUUUAUGAAGUAAAAUGAAGUUCAUUAGCAAGAUUGAUGCUGUGAAGUCAGUCAGAUCAUAGUCAAAUUAAACAUUUCUCCAACACUACUUCUUUUUAGUCAUAGAGAAAACUGUCUUGUUUGCCUGGCAUUGCCUUUAUAAAUAAAAGGGCUUCCAGGGUUUUUACCUUGGGAUGAUGAGGUGGAGAGGACAGAGGUGCUGAAAUGGAUGUAGAAAUCACAUACUGUAGUUGGAAUUUCCUUAUGAUAUUUUCUUUCCUAUAAAAUAGAUUUUUUUUCCUCUGAUUAAGAAGUUACACACCUAUGUUUUUUUCACUUAGCUGCAAGUAGCAACACCUGCUGGCUCGAGGUUUUGUAAGAACCAAAACCACCCUCUCUGAAGAUUGAGGGAAGAGAUCUAUUGCAAAGUGCCUGUAUGGGGAGGAGGUUGACAAGGACCCUAGCUGGGGUCAUUGGUCCCUGUGCCACAGACUUGUUCUGUGCACCUUCCCUCUGCUCCAGGCUCAGGCUGCAGACCAGGGACUGACCACAGAGGCAGACCUGGUGGCCAAUUUCUAGUGCAAAAGUUGUGAGGCCGAAGUAAACAGAGGCAGCAGUUACUCCCUCAGAGCAUUUUUUAGAGAUUUUCUGUCAGAUUUCUCAAUCUUCUUGAAGCUCCCCUUCACACAGCCUUUUCUGUGAUGCACUGCAUAGAGGUCAGGAAGUCAGAGUAAGAGGGAAGCAGUGAUGGAAAUGGUAGAGGGGUGGAUUAAAUUUUGUUCAGUAUUACUCUGGUAAUAUCAGCCGUACAGAGACAAAAGCCACUGCAUGGGAGAAUUGCUGGUAAGCUAGGAUUCUAAAAGUGUGGUUGUCUUGCAGAAUCCCACAGGAUUUUGCUGUUUUAAUUCCAAAGAGCCCAUAGUCAUUAACUGUGUUUGUGGGUUUGGCUUUAUUGCUCAUUCCCACAUCCAGUUUCAGAUGCGAGUUUGUUCGGAAGGCUGUUCUGGAGCCUGGAAACAAGCCUCUGCAAACAGAAAACCAAAACUUUUGAAACUUUAGAAAUAUUCUGUGGGAAUUGCCUCUUCAGAAGAAGAAAUCCUUGCAGUUGAGUUCCAACAGGCCCUGCUGCAGUUCCUAUGUGUGCAUGUGCCUCUUCACAUUGCUGUCUCCUCCUAUGCUCAUGGUGGUCCCUACCAUGCUCAGCGCAGGCGUCAGGUGUAUAGCCACCUUUUCUGUUUUCCACUAACAUUCCUCUUUUUUUUUUUUUUUCUGUAUAAAGCAAACAGUGCAGAACCAUGACGCAUUGCAUACAUUUAAAUGUAUCACAGCACUGCCCUGAGACUUAUAUCGUGCUAACUGAUUUCACGUUAUCUACUUCUUGCUCUGAACAGAUUCUUCUCCCUGCAGACUUUAAAAUGAAGGGAAAAGAUAAAAAAAAAGAAAAAAAAAACACACCACAAAACUACUAUGUUGAAUUGCAAAUGAGUAUGAAACCUGUGUCAGUCGUUGGGGCAAGUGUAAAAGGUUUCAGGUUCUUCACCUUCCACAAGCUGUCAAACAUGCUUACCUCAUGCAGUUUGUCCUACCAACAUGUCUAAUCCAACAGCAGCAUCACAAAUUUCUGGCAUUUUCUGGGUUCUCUUCCAGCCGGAGGCUACUACCUCACCUCUGCUGAGUGCUGAGAGCUCACUGAGGAGAGUUAAUUCCCUGUCCUAAGUCUCAGGGCUUCUGACUCUGUUUUUGGAUUCUGGUGGUCUUUUGCAAAAUUAUACAUUUGUAAUAUUGGAAACAGCAACAUGCUUAAAUUAGCAACAAAAACAGAAACAUAAGAAAGCUUGUCAAACCCAGAAACAGUUGGUUCCCUUCCUUCAAGAACUGGGUUUAAGGAUGCCAGUGACAGGCUUAAGAAUAGCACUGGGUUUAAGGAUGCCAGUGACAGGCUUGCAGGAACUGAUGCUGACUGUGCAGGAGACUCGAGAGGCAGGAGCUGAUCUGCUGCUGCUCUUGUUCAUACUUCCAUCACCUUGCAUGCUCUUUUCUGCUCUGUUCUUCAAAAGACCUCCACUCUCCUUUGGUUUGCAGCCUGUAUGUGGCAUAGAUAGUGAGUAAUUCUUAUUAUUGUUCUUAUUAGCAUCUGUUGACAUGGCUGCUUAUAUCUAAAGAAUAAGUGGGAUUAAAGGGCUGAUCUUAGUCGUCUUUGCAGCAAAGACAGAACUGCUACAGUGACAGAGCAGGCACACAUGUCUGUAGAGAGUGGGAGGACCACAGUGCAAGUUUUCACUGGGGGAUUCAGGUGAAGUCAGUGCAGUAACAGUCUGCUGCAUGUCUGUCUUUAACUUUCAUAAACACUAAGUUUAUCCAUGCAGCUAGAAGUUAUUCCUCAACAAUGUUAUUAAUUCACAGUGCAUGAGCAACCCUACAACAAAAAUCUAUAAAUUGUUUAACCUCGUAUAUAUGUUUGAUCUUUUGUGACUUGGCUAUUAAUCAUGCAUGAAAGCAAGCAAAACAGUGAAGCUGGGGAAUGUAGCAAUUCAGUCAUAGGCCACAAAUUAUUCACCUUGGCACAUGCUUACAUGUUCCUGUGGUUUAGGAAGAUUAACCUCCAGCUCUCUGUGGUCCAGGUUAGUAUCCCAGCACGAGUGCUUCCCUGGGGGCUGAGGUUCGCAUUAGAGGGGCUGAUACAGUAAAUGGUGCAAAGUGGCAGCUUUGUUGGCAACCUUAGCAAAAAGAUCAGUGCAGGCAGAUGUUAAACUGUCCAUCUGCUCCUGGGGUUUUAGUUUCCAAAGACAAAGUGAGGCUGAAUGUGUUUCAUUUGGGGACAAAGAGAGAAGACACUGGUUGUCAGAGAAAAAAGUGUCAUACCUGCUUUAUGGUUAGAAGGGACAGAGCGGAGUGGAGCACUGGGAUGCAGCAAGGCUUGCUUCUGCCUUCAGCUCCUUGACACUCUUCUGCUUUAGCAUUCCAAAAAUCAGGUUUCCUCUGAAGACUGGGGGACAGGUAAGUGCUUCAGGUACUUGCCCUCUCUCUUCUAGUCACAGCAUGAGGCUGCCUAAAUCCCCGAGUGUGCUUGCUUUCUACUGACCACAGAUAGCUGAUUUAGACUAGAGAUCUAUUUUUUAAGAUAUCCAAGAGAAGUGAGAUUGAUCCCACUGAAUUAAUCUCUCGAGCCCAAAUGCCGUGUCUCAAACCUUUCGGUCUGUGCUGCUUUUCAGAGUUCUGCAUUGGCCAAAAUAAACUGAAACAUAGUAAGUGGCAGAGGGAUAGAUAAGUGUAUUCCACGACAAAUAGAGGUUUGAUACGGUAGUCAUGGUGACUAUCAAGAACAGGGGCUACUGCGGUGCUGGAAAUCUCUUCCUUCCGAUGCCUGAACCAUUUACAUAUGAUACGAGUGCUGCCAGUUGCAACUUCUGGAUGCCACUGUGAAUGUUAUUUAGAAAUGCUCUUGAGCUUUGAGCUCGUAGCCAAAUUAUGCAAAACAUCUGUGCCAUCUUUACAUGAAAUAUAUGCCAGAAUGCCUAUAUAAGCCUUGUUAGUUAUCCUGUUGUAAAGAUGACAAUACUGUAUAUAAAUUCUAAGGGACAGAGGGAUAGCUGCCAGGUUAUCAUUAAUGUACAUUUUUCUUGCUUUUGUGAGUUUGUAGGCCCAAAGUUAACUUUCUAUUAGCAGAAGGUCAUGCAUUGAGCUACCUGUUUUCUAGACAAUAGUCUUAUUCCCCAGCAAUACUUUCUCAUGACUACUCUUGAAGCAAUAAGUUAAGCCAUGCUAAUCUGUUCUGUGUAGGUUCCUGUACAACACCUAUGGCUUUAACAAAGCACCUUUUAGCAGAACAUGGAAUGACACACUAACAACCUGUCAUGUAUUGUUUGUCUUUUCAUCCUCAUCCCCAAGGGAGAAGAGUAUGUAGUGCAAUAAUUUGAUUUUGUGAGGUGUCGUCUCUUUGCUAGUUUUCUAAAAAUAUUUGUUGCUACUUAAGCAAGGGCAAAAUCAGAACUAAGGACCAGACUUAGAAAACACUUUCAGUUGUAAACAGAGUACCUUAAAGACUGCGUAUUGAGUAAGACAGGUCUCCCAUCCUACAAAAAACAAACAAAACAAACAAACAAACAAAAAAAAACCA